UCGCACCUGCAGUGUCACCACACACGUCUUAGCACCGCCCCCAAGACCCUCGCACCUGCAGUGUCACCACACACGUCUUAGCACCGCCCCCAAGACCCUCGCACCUGCAGUGUCACCACACACGUCUUAGCACCGCCCCCAAGACCCUCGCACCCUGCGUGCCGCUCCUUACCAGUUGACCCCGCACAUCCUGGGCCGGCGCCGCCUGAAUGAGCAGCUCGCCGCUAGAAGUUUCACUGGCACAAACACACAUCAUAAUGCCCACUCAGCACUUCUCCACCAGUGGCCAAUCAGACGGCUCCCCUGCCUGUUGCCAUGACAACGGCCACCAGAGUGAUUCGUCCUCGGCGAGGGGCGGACCUGGUGGACACACCUGCUCGCAUCUAGCCCGCCAGUAUUUUGGCUCGUCACCUACAGCUGGACCUUGCUGGUCAUUGUUUCCCGUACGCCGCACGUGCAUGCGCCUACUUCGCCUCAUGGUGCAGGCGGGGCUUAUCGCCGUGACAACAAGAUCAAAGUCUACAUUGUCUCUGAUAAGAGGAGUCCAGGGUCAGAGGUCACGUUGUGUAAAAGUGACAGCAGGAAAAGACGACUAAAGUUGUUGCAGGCUCCGCCCCUCAUUACUAUUACAUCAUCUCUUCUUCGUCACAUCUGCCACAAAAAUGGCCGCCGGUGCGCCAACAGACAAGUUUCACGCCGUCUGGUGGAUCUUCCUGAUUCUGGGCGUGGGGACAUUGUUGCCGUGGAACUUCUUCAUGACGGCCACCACGUACUUUGUCAGCCGCCUGAAGGUCUGGCCCAAUGAGACGGCGGCGGGGGAGGAGCCUCGCGGCGUGCUUGAGGCCAGAUUUAGCAACGUGAUGACGCUGUGCGCCAUGUUGCCGCUCCUCAUCUUCACCUGCCUCAACUCCUUCUUGCACUCACGCGUGCCUCAGCGCGUGCGUGUGGCGGGCAGCCUGCUGGUCAUCAUGGUUGUCUUCCUGCUGACCGCCCUGCUGGUCAAAGUUCCCAUGGACCCGCCCAACUUCUUCUUGGUCACCAUGGUCAAGAUCGUCAUCAUCAACUCGUUUGGGGCCGUGCUGCAGGGGAGUCUGUUUGGGAUGGCGGCCGCACUUCCUGCCUCCUACACCACGCCCAUCAUGAGCGGUCAGGGCCUAGCCGGGACCUUCGCCGCCUUCGCCAUGAUCUGCGCCAUCGCAAGUGGUCGUGGUGUAGAAGAAGUUGCAUUUGGUUAUUUCAUCACAGCGUGUCUUGUAAUUUCUCUCUCCAUCUGCUCCUACUUCAUGCUGCCUAAACUGGAGUUCUUCCAGUUCCACGAGCAUCAGCAGGAGCGGCGGCAGGAAGAAGGCGAGGACAAGGUCAACCUGGCGAGCGAAGCUGACGCAGAAAGUGGCGAGGAAGCGGUGUCCAUGGUGAAGAUCUUCCGGAAGAUCUGGGUCUUGGCGCUGUCCGUCUGCUUCAUCUUCACCAUCACCAUCGGGACCUUUCCCGCCGUGGCGGCCGACACCAAGUCCACGCUGGGCCAAGGAAGCUCCUGGGACGUGUACUUUGUGCCGGUGGCCUGCUUCCUGCUCUUCAACCUGUGUGACUGGGGGGGGCGGAGCCUGACGGCGUUCUGCACGUGGCCAGGAGAGGACAGUCGGCUACUUCCUGUUCUGAUCGUGGCCCGCGUGGCCUUUGUGCCGCUCUUCAUGUUGUGCAACGUGCAGCCCCGCCUCCACCUGCCCGUCUACUUCCAGCACGACGCCUUCUUCGCCGCCUUCAUGGUGGCCUUCGCCAUCACCAACGGUUACCUGGCCAGUCUGUGCAUGUGCUUCGGGCCCAAGAGAGUUCUUCCUCACGAAGCCGAGACAGCCGGCGCCAUCAUGGCCUUUUUCCUCUCGCUGGGGUUGGCUCUCGGCGCCGCCAUGUCCUUCCUGUUCAGAGUGCUGGUUUGACGCUGCUGAUUAAAAAUGCUUUCAUCCUCUCA